AUGACUAUGAUCCUGGGCUAUUGGAACGUCCGCGGACUGACUCACCCCAUCCGCCUGCUCCUGGAAUACACAGAUUCAAGUUAUGAGGAGAAGAGAUAUGUCAUGGGGGAUGCCCCCAACUUUGACAGAAGCCAGUGGCUGAGUGAGAAAUACAAUCUUGGCCUGGACAUUCCCAAUCUGCCCUACUUAAUCGAUGGGUCACACAAGGUCACCCAGAGCAAUGCCAUCCUGCGCUACCUUGGCCGGAAGCACAACCUAUGUGGAGAGACAGAGGAGGAGAGGAUUCGUGUGGAUACUUUGGAGAACCAGGUCAUGGAUACACGCAUACAACUCAUGAUAGUCUGCUGCAGUCCAGACUUUGUGACAGCCUCUCUGCCAGGGAACCUGACUAAAGGUGGUGACAGCUGUUCUCUCCCUCAGGAGAAGCAGAAGCCAGAGUUAUUGAAGGCCAUCCCUGAUAAGAUGAAAAUCUACUCUGAGUUCCUGGGCAAGCGGCCAUGGUUUGCAGGGGACAAGGUCACCUAUGUGGACUUCCUUGCUUAUGACAUUCUUGACCAGUACCGGAUGUUUGAGCCCAAGUGCCUGGAUGCCUUCCCAAACCUGAAGGACUUCCUGGCCCGCUUCGAGGGCUUGAAGAAGAUCUCUGCCUACAUGAAGAGCAGCCGUUUCCUCCCAAGACCCGUGUUUACUAAGAUAGCCCGGUGGGGCACUGAUUAGGCCCCUGCCAUGUUGGCACU